AUGUUCCACAGCACAGAUUUGUGUGGUGCCACGACAACAUGGAAAACGUUUGGAGAAAUAGCAUAUAACUGCACUGAAUUGAAAAUUUUGAACAAGGGUAGAACUAAGGGUGAAAUUCUUGAAUACCCACUGAUUCAAGCAACCAACAUGGUAGAACUAAACUUAAGCGAGACUCUGAUAAAUGACCAGUUGUUUGUUUUGAUAUCUAAAAGCGUUCCAAAGUUAAGCAUAUUGAAAGUUUCGAGGUGUUAUAACUUGACUAAUUUAGCAAUUGAAAAACCCUCAUUUCCAUCCUUGCGCUUUCUUGGAAUAGCAUAUUGUAUGUUCAGCAUCGAGGCAAUAAUUUGUGCCAUCGACAAGCAUGGUAUAUUUGCCAUAUGUGUGAGGGGAAUCAAACUGCAAAAUGAAGACAUAAGUCGCCUUAUAGAAUUCUACCCUAAUGUAGCUGAUAUCGGCAUUUCCACUUUGUGUGGCUUGCCAGAAGGAACUGUUUCUCAGGAGGAAUUACCACAGUUGUGCCCUUGUUGCUGCAGUUCGUCUCUUGCCACCAUUUUAUCAGCUAAAGAUGCCAAUGAUGGUAGCUGGAUGGAACUCUAA